AUGUGGUUCCUGGGAAAGAUCAGAGAGAGCAUGGAGAACAUUCCCCUGGAGCUCGGACGCUACGUGGGAAAGAGUGAGGAGGAGAAUCUCUCAGCCAAGGCCAGUCUCUCCAACAAGUUGCACAGUAACAUUCUGACUCCGGACAAAAUCCCGGAGUUCUGCCUGCCCCCUCGGCUGUGCAGGAGUCUAGUGGCCAUGGAGAGAACUGCAGCUGAACCCCACACUGUGAGUCAGAGGCUCACUAGUCGAGACUGUGGUGCUGUUGCUUUCUCUGUGACUCCGCAAGUUAAACAGGUUGAGGAAAUGAAGUUGACCAAAGUGGCCUGGAGGGGUAAGAAGCCACUGCCGUUCUCCGCAGAGGGCUACGGUUUGGCGGGGAUGUAUGAGAGUCCGAACACACGGAGGAAAGAGUCACUGUUUCACUCCAAGAGCACUGGCUACACACUGGACAGGAACCUACCCAAGCCCACCACAAGGGUGGCGAUAGAGCAAAAAAAGUGGAAAGCACCCCCCAUCCAAUCGGGGCUUGAACUUGGGCUCCCCUGCAAGAGCCUGUCGGAGACAUGCAGCACAGAAAGCGAUACGCCCUCCUCAAAUGACUCCUCCCCUCUGGGCUCUCCCCUGCUCAGCCGCUCUUGCUCUGGCCUCUCACUCUCUAUCACCGCCGCCUGGGCGGAGGGUCCCCCAGGUCUGCAGUCUGCCUCUGCCUCCAGUGGCUCUUUGGGACUGGAAGGAGCCUCCUCAUGCUCUGCGGUUAACCCCAGAGGACGGAGGGGGGCGAUCUCACCCAUUCCCUCCACCUCCCUCAUCAAGCCCUGCUCCAGUCCUCCCACAGUUGUCAACUCCCUGGCGCCCCCUGUCCUGUUCCCGCUGGACGUGCUCCACUGCCAGGAGCGGCUGCAGAGAGAACAUGUCCUCUCGUUGCCAGGGGGCCACGGCAGGGUCCGCCUCUCGGCCGAGCACAUAUUGUCGCCCUCUCUUUUGUCCAUGGUGGUGCGAGUGAGGGUGGUGUCCAUGGAGGGUCUGAGGGACGAAGAGGACCCCAGAGCCCUCCACUGCUGCCUCAGCCUGAGCUUGAGCCCAGGGAAGCUCCAGAGACAGGACAGCGCCACCAUCAGGAACUGCAGGAGCCCCGUGUUCAAUGAGGACUUCUUCUUCACUGAGCUGAGCCCAGACAGCCUGGGUGGCUUGCGGCUCCGACUGAAGGUGUUAGACAAGGCCUCCGGGCUCAGACGGGGCACGGUGCUCGGGAUCAUCAUAACCGAACCCCUGGCCCAGCUACUGCCCCUGUGA